UUUGACUCUUUGGUUCGGCAAAAUAAACAUUGGGCAUAUUUAAAGAGAGAAGCAUAAAACGAAGAAGAAACACGACGACGAAAAAGGAAAUAUAUAAAAAAGAAUUAGGGAAGCAAAUAUCAACAAUGACGAGGUUAUACCUAUCCUCCAUUUUACUGACAAUUUUAUGUUCCUUCUCUCAAUAUUGUUAUUGCGAACCGAAAGGCAAUGUUUAUUCAGCGAUCUCACAUAUGGAACCAUUAAUAGAUAUCGAAAGAAGAUUAGUGAAAAUCGCAAGAGAAUAUCUAAAUCAGGAAAGACAUCAAUUAAAUGGGUUAAAACAGUUUGCUGACUCCGUCGAAGAGGCCAUGAACUUAUCAAAAGAUGAUCCCAUGAAAUACUUAGGGAAUCCAAUUAAUUCAUAUUUAAUUAUAAAAAGAUUUACUUCCGGUUGGAGUGAUUUAGGGGACCGGUUGUCUGUAGAUGAUAAAAAAUUAGAAGAUGUGAAAGUUUUACUUAAAUCCAACGAAAUGUAUAUGCCGACGUUUGAGAAGGAUAUGAUUGGUGCAACGGACGCCAUCUUGAGAUUACAAGACACAUAUGAUAUUACAGCUAAAGAGAUAUCUGACGGUAUCGUGGAAGGAACUACAAAGUCUUCACAUGUCCUUACUGCUCAAGAUUGUUUGGAUAUUGCAAGCAGAUCACACCAGGAGAAACGCUAUGUAAGAACCAUGGAAUGGUUGAAAGAAGCAGAGCGUAUUUUUCACGAUCCAUAUUUACAACAUCGGCGAGGAAACGCUACAGCGCUUGAAAUUAACGAAUUUUUGGCAUGGACGUAUUAUUUGGCAAAUGACAUGGAAGAAGCAUUGAGAUACACAAAUCUUGUGUUACAGGAAGAUCCUACAAAUGAAAAAGUUCUGCAAAAUCAGAAAAUUUAUUCAUGGUAUGUGAGCAGGAAAAGAAAGUCACCUGAAAACGAGGCUACGUAUAUGAAGAAAGCACAGGAAGUGUUAGAUGCAUUUGUUAAUUUGCAAUAUGUCAAAGCAUGUCGGGAUACUAAACCGAAGUUGUUAAAAAUUAAGAAUCACAAUCACCUUGUGUGUUUUUACAAACGCAAUGCACCCACAUUGACUUUAAAACCUCUUAAAGUUACCCGUAUGCAUGACAAUCCAGAAGUGUACAUCUUCCAUGAUCUCCUUCAAGAAAAUGAGAUGAAAGAAUUACGAAGAAUCGCGACACCGAGACUUAUGAAUGCACAAGUAGUUAACACAGAAACCAAUGAAAUAGGUGACUAUGUGGAAGCUGACUAUCGGAUUGCAAAAACAAUGUUUUUAAAUGAAAUGUUUCCAAGCGAUAAAAAGAUAUCAAACAAAUUAGAUCAAAGAUUCGGUGAAGUGACUGAAUUAAAUAUGAAGUACUCUGAGGAACUACAGAUGAACAAUUAUGGGUUGGGAGGUCAAUAUGAAUUUCAUCAUGAUCAUGGGUUACCUGGACAAGGAUUGGCGAAUCAUCCAGAUGGAAAUAGAAUUGCGACAUUGUUAUGUUAUUUAAGUGAUGUUGAACGAGGAGGGGAAACCGUUUUCACACAAAUCGGAUUAUCGGUUCCACCGAAGAAGGGUGAUGCUGUGUUUUGGUACAAUCUAUAUCGUAACGGGACAGGUAUACAAGAUACUGAACACGCGUCAUGUCCCGUUGUAUCUGGGUCAAAGUGGGUUGCAAAUAAAUGGAUUCAUGAACAUGGGAACGAAUUUAAAAGAAAAUGUUUGCUCAAUCGAUAUGAAUGAAAUAUUUUGGCGCGAAAAGACAGUUAGAUUGGUAGUUAUGGAGCAUUAUAUCGAGAGUUGGUUUUUUGUCAAAGAGGAUGUUGUAAAGGUUUAUAGAGAUUGUAACAGUGGACAGACAUAUAUAAACACAAAUUUUGUAAAUUUUAAAACUAUUAUUAUGAAUAGAAGCCAUUUUUGAAAUAA